AUGCGUCCAAUUCCUCCUCCACCACAAGGCCUCAACAAGACCAACAACAACAGCACAAAUGUGAAUCAAUCAAGACCACCACCUGUACCAGCCACGUUAGGAAAUCGGUUAAAGAGUAAUAAUGUGGGUACAACAGGGUCUGUCGUCGGAUCAACAACGAACACGACCACCACCACAAAUAAUCCAUCUUCAUCACAACAGCCACAACAACGACAAGGCGAUCACUUUACGGAUCAUGAGAAGGAAAUUUUGAAAAAAGCUUCAAAGGCAUGGUCGACCUAUCAACGACCAACGUUUCAAGGAAUUGGUGAGGAAGGAAGAUCAGAUAUUCAGAAUACCAUCUCGGGUUUUAGGGCUUAUGAAUUCUUGUUAAGACAAGAAGAAGCCAAGAGAUGGAUUGAGGAUAUGCUUGAUGAGCAAAUUUUCUUUGAAGAUUUAGAUGAUGAACAGAUCUCCGAAGAUUUGAAACAAGGCUACAAUUAUUCCAAAUCAUCAUCCAAUUUGGAAAAAGCUGAAGCGAGAAAUAUUGAUUUCUUUGAUCAGCUACGAGACGGUACAAUUUUGUGUAGAUUGGCCGAAGUCUUCAGUGAUAAGGGCACUAUGAAAAAUUUUCACAAAAAUAUCAAAAUGAACAGUCCUUUGGCAUUCAUGAUGGCUACCGAUAACAUUAAUAAUUUCCAAGAUUGCUGUGACAAAAUUAACUUUCCGAGAUUCUAUCAAUUUUCCAUUCCAGAUCUGUGGGAAAGAAAAAACAUCACCAAAGUCGUACAUUGCAUUCACGCACUAGCUCACUUUUUGUGGCGUUCCGGAAAGAUAGAUGCAUCGAAAAGAAUUCAAGACCUAUCCAAGUCUGGAAUUCAAUUUUCAAGAGCCAAACUUGAUAAAGUGGAACAAGAAUUCAAGAGAUUGGAACAAAAGAAUGUUGACAUCAAAUUGAAUUUCAAUUUUUCACAACCAGGAGACGAAGAGCAAAAUCAUAUCAAAAAACCACAAAAACCAGUCGUUGUAAAUAACAAGGCAUCGAACCUUCUUGACCGAUUUAACAAGUUAAAGGUGGGAGCCAAACUGGAUAUAAAACCCGUGAGCCAAGAACUUGUAUCUAUUGAUGGUGACAUUCAAAUGAUAGAUCCUGAACAAUGUAUCGUACGAGGAAGAGGAUCACAGACAGCCAUUGUUGCCAAGCUGAAUACAUUUGAAAUCAUUGCACGCGAUCAACAUGGUAAUGAUCUACAAAUUGGAGGAGAUCAUUUCACUGUUACAUUGAGAAGAAUUAAAGAAAAGGACGAUGAUCCCGAUGCAACCGUAGAAGGAACAGUUACUGAUCUAGGAAAUGGUAUCUAUAAGGUUGAUUAUAUACCUGAAAUCAUUGGAAAGUACGACCUUGACAUCAGACUUGACGGAAAGGAUCGCCUAACACACCCAACUAUUAGACCAAUACGUGUUGUUCCUGGAGAAGCAUAUGGCAAGAAUUGUGAAGUUGUUGACGAAUAUGAGCAAAUGCAAGGACCUUUUGUAGAGGGUCAAAAGAUCAAAAUCAAGAUUUAUGCACGUGAUCAAUUUGGAAAUUAUUGCAACAGAGGAGGUGACAAAUUUUACCCUGUUUUUUCUUUCACAUCAGAGAACGGAGAGAAUAUCGCUAAUGUCAAGAAUAGAGUCACCAUAAACGACUUGCAAAAUGGUGAAUAUGAGGUUGAAGUUUAUUUUCCACUACCUGGAACUUAUCAUUUAUCAAUGACAGUGAAUCAAACCUCAGACUUGAUUCCAUACCUUGAUCCAUUCGUGUUUGAAGUUCAUAAGCGCAAUGACCCUGGAUUGGCAAUCAAGUAUGAACAAUUUUAUCCAUAUAGUAGUGUCAUUCAAUAUUCCUUGACUGCAUUCGAUCCUGUACUUGCGAAUGACAUUAACUUAGAUAAUCCUCCAAAGAUUGACACUAGAUGGGUUUCAGUUGUAAGCAAUAGCCCAAUUCCAGAAAUCACGGAUUUUACAGCAACAGAAAUGGAAAAUAAUAUUAGGUAUCAAUUUAAUGAAUGGAUGAAGAAAGCUCGAGGAGUUAUUCUCGAUAAAUUGAAGAAUGAUGACUCGGAAAUUGAUGUUUCUGAAUUUGACGAAGGGGCAUCCAACAACUUUUACUGGAAUUUAGUGGAGAAGUACUUGAGCAAUGAAGAAAAAUGCAACAACUACAAGGACGUACUCAACGACAGAAUCAAAGGAAGUAAUAAUGUUGAUUUUGUAAAUUAUGUAACUAUUACAGAAGAUCCUCAAGAUUGGACUCAAUAUGAACUCUUUUUACAGCAACAACUUGAAGAAGAAGAAAGAAAACGAAGACUAUUACAAGAAGAAGAAGAAAGAAAAAGAAAGGAAUUGGAAAUGCUUGAAGAAGAGCGCAAAAAGAAUGUACCUCCUCCACUCAAUCCAAAUCAAUUCUCAGUUCGCCCAAGACGUAUGGCUCUCAACUUCUGGGUGAUCAUAUCAAAAAUGUUGUAUGAGGCCACCCAAACGACAAAACCAUUCCAACUUGACAAGACUCAAAAAAUUUUAGGCUAUGAAACGAAUGAGUUGAGUUUUACUCGAUACAUUGCAGAAGAUAUUUUCUUGACAACCCAAAGAUAUCACGUUCAGACCUAUGGAGACUUGUUAUUGUCGGUUGCACAGCGAUAUAUUCUCGAAUUAAUUCAAGAAAUUAAGAUUACCUUUCCCGACCUUAAAUAUCGUGUCAUUGAAACCGAAUGCAAUAAUAUUGGAAAGAAUGCAUUUUCACGCUUUGCUCAAUCACACAAGAUUUUCACCUAUUUCUGCAGUGAACUUUCUCCAUCUCCCUUUGAUGAAGUGGAUUUGAAUGACUUAAAAAAGAGAAUUGAUCAUUUGGUUCUCUCUUUCAAGAGGCAAUUGCUCAAACUCAUUCUCGAGUCGAACCUGGAAACAGUUAAUCUCUUGAAGAAUAAGAUGAGAAUGUCUGACAAGGAUGUCAGCAACCUCCAAUCCAUGACAACUUUCUUCAAGAGCACACUGAAUGAUGUAUUUGAUGCUUUCAGAACGAGCUUUGGAUACACAAUGAGCUCAAAGCCAAGAAAAAUCAUGGUUCAGGAAUUGUACUAUGUCAAGAACAGAACCAUUGAUAUUGCUUUCGAUAAGAGUGACCUUUCAGCCAACAAGCAAGAGGUUUCUCUCUCUUACUCUGUGCAAAUUCCAAUUAACAAAUUGUUUGAUUCAUAUUCAUUUUCGAAUGAAGGUUUAGCCACAUCCAGAGAUAGACGUAGAGAUGGCCUCAUUAAUCCUUAUAAGACUGUCUAUCUCAAAGGAGGAAGAGUCAUCCUAGAAAUGAUGCGAUCAGGAUCCUUCCCACCCUACAAACUCCAAGACAAGAAGCAACGUCAAGCUAUUGCCGUGGAAAAUGCAAAAAUCAUGCUCAAAGCUCUUGCUGUAAACCAUGUGAAAAGAUUCACCCGAGAAGAGUUAGAAUUGCUCAAGAAGAGAGGAGAACCUUUGAAAGUUCCUUUCACCUCUGUCAGUCUUUUAACUCCAUCUUUUGUGCAGAACAGAGAGGACCGUCAAGUCAUGGAACACCAAGGAGCCAUUUAUUAUGUGUUGCAAAAUAAUCUUCUUCCAUCUGUUCUUGUAGAUUUGUAUGAUAGACUUCCUCCAAUUGAUAUGCCUAUUGUUUUCCAUGAGCCAUGUCUUCUUAACUUUGGUGUGAAUGUGAUUAUCAAGACUUUUAAGUGCGGAGUUGGUAUUCAAAGAUCUGUGAAUUGUCGACAAUUUGGAAUUAGACAAUUCGAAAAGAAGGUUCAGCGUUUCAUGAUUGCUCUAGGAGAGUACAAGAAUGCAAUUCGAGGAUCAAUCAUGGAAUACAUUACAGGAAUAUUCAAUAAUUCCAGGGACGGAACUAUGUACGUUCAAGCUCUUGUGAACAAGCUCAUUCGAAUCAACAAUGUGUACACAGUCAUGCGAGACAAGCAUGCAGCUGCUAUCAGAGAGUUGACGCCUCUCGAGUUUGACUUGCAAAAGAAACAAAAAGAGCUCGAAAAGAGAAUUAACGAGAAAUGGUUGCCAAAGUUUGAUGACAUUACUUCUGUUGAGUUUACCUAUUUGAAGGACAUCAUGUUCUUGGUGAAUGACAUGGACUCGAUGAUUGACAAGAUUCAUGACAUCGAUCAGAAAUGGGAACAAUGUUAUGAUGAACUUAUUGAGCUCGAACAACAUUUCCUCAAGAGCUUAUUUUCAAGCGUUUCAAUGGUCAGAACAUCUCAACCACAAAUCCCACCCAUUCCUCACUGGCAAGAAUACUAUGAAUUUUGUAAUCUAGAGAGAGACAUGUAUGAACUCUUUGGAUCGCUUAAGAAUCUCUAUCAUGCAAAACAACAUGAAAAGUUUAAUCAAGGUAUUAUGGAAUCGGACGAGGUGAAAGUAGGAGAUCCAUAUGCCAUUCCUGUUCGUGUCGUCCUAUUGUCAUUUAUUAUUGGAGAACAAAUUCAUUACAAUUGUAAGAGUGGAAAAGAUCGAACUGGUGCUCUUAUGGAUGAAUGCGAGGAAUUUGCAGAGCUUCGAGAACAUUUGUCGUAUUAUCCAAAACCUUUCACAAAGGAUGCCAAGCUUGGAGAAUACAGACAAAAAAUUAGAACCAACAUCAGCAUGAAUGGAGGAACACUGGAGAUUUGCAAACAUAAUAUUGGUUUCAGAGCAGCAAAGCUUGAUAAAACUCUUGCCAGUAAAUUCUGGACCAAGAAGAUUCUCGAUGAGAAGGAGCGUGUGAUUGGAGAAGUCCCAUACUUUAAGGCAUUCAAAGGACUCGGCUAUUUGGAUGAUGAAACCUAUGCCAGCAAAGACGAGGAUUGGUACAAGUAUGAAAAUGCAUACCUAAAGACGUUGUAA